AUGCGCUUGAUCCCUGCUCUUUCUCUUCUCGCGGCUGCUCUCCCUUUCGUUGCUUCUACGGCGAUCGGAUCCGCCGGCAGUUGCAAACAAAAUGAAUUUUGGUACUCGUCACAGAAUUGUUGCUUGCCCUCCGGCGGCCCACCUACGCCGCCUUCCCCCCCUCCGAGGGGCGUUAGCUGCCCUACAGGGUAUUAUUGGGGCCAACAGCAAUCCUGCUGUGUACCCACUCACCCGUCUCCCGCGAAUUCACCCACGCCCACUUGCGCCACGGGUUGGAAAUGGUAUUCCGCUGACCAGCAUUGCUUACCUACCACGACUCCUCCGGUCCCUUCGCCUCCUAGGCCAUCCCAGCACUACAGAAAGCGAACGGCCAGCAGUUGUAAAUAUAACGAGUUCUGGUACGCUUCUAAGAACUGCUGUUUACCCACCGGCGGUCCCCCCGUUACUCCCUCUCCCCCGAGGGGUGUCGCCUGUCCCACAGGGUACUACUGGGGCGCAGCACAAACAUGCUGUGUACCCACCCACUCUAACCCUCCUACACCUACCUGCCCCUCUGGCUAUAAAUGGUACACCUCGUCCCAGAAUUGCUUGCCCACCACCACAACUACGCCCCCUUCCACGCCUCCUAAGCCCUCUGGGUAUACAUAUUACAAGAAGCGUGAGUUGAGUGCCAGUGAUUCUCAGUGCCCGGCUUCGUUGGAGGCUUGCCCUGUUGGAUUGACGGCUGGGGAUUACGAAUGCGUUGAUAUUGCUAGGGAUCUUGAGUCUUGUGGUGGAUGCGUCUCGCAGGGCAAGGGAAGAGAUUGCACCGCCAUUAAAGGCGUCUUCCAUGUUGGUUGCGAGAAUAGCAGGUGUAUUGUGACUUCGUGUGUGGGAGGGUAUGAAGUCAGCCAGGAUGGCGAGUCCUGCAAGCGUUUGUAA